AUGGCUACUUCAGUAUCGGCUUCUUAUUCUGCCGGUGAUACAUCUCAUGAAAAAUUUCGACGACAAAUUAAUCCUCAUCAAAGUAUUCCUCCAUUACGUCGUGAACGAACAGCUAUCGAUGAAGAAUUUAAUCGAAAUCAACAAUUAAGACCAAUCUAUUCUCAUGAAUCACCAGUCAGAUCUUUAGCAUUUUCCGGGGAAAAACAAUAUGAUCGACGUCAAGUAUCAACAAAAGUUCGUUCAGCAAAAUCAGACGAAAUCUUUCAUUUAAUCGAUCGAAAAUUACAAACAGGUGUUCAUGGUGUACGUCACAUGUUUCGUUCGAAUGAUCCUAAUCAAGAAGGAAAAUUAUCUAAAGAAGCAUUUCGACGAGUAUUAUUGCAAUUAUGUGGUUAUAUCAAUGCUGAAGAAUGGGAAAAAGUAUGUAAAAUGUUUCAUAUCAAUGAACGUGAUAAUACAAUAACAUUUCAAGAAUUUCUUUCUUAUUUUCCGAAUAAUGAGAAAGUUAAACGUGAAUUAUCAUUAUCUCAAAUAGAUCGUCGUAGUUCGUCAUUAUUAACUUUAAGUCAAAAUGCAGCUUCUUCUCAACAAUCAUAUCAUAAACAUAAUUUACCUAAACUUACUGCUAAUUAUUGUUUUUCAUUAAUGAAAGCAAGAUGUCGUGAUCCAUCAUUUAAACCGGAUGAUUAUUUACCACAUGAUUGUUUAAAUGAUGGUAAUAUUAUACGUGAUCAUUUAAAAAAGAUUUUAGAAAAUUUUCAAUUGGAUGAUAUUAUUGAUAAUGAAAAUGAAUUUGAAAAAUUAUGGUCUAAAUUUGAUCUUAAUAAUUCUGGUAUGGUACGAACAAAUAUAUUUCUUCGCUUAUUAGAUUAUCGUGUUAAUCUUGCUGAUGAAAUUGAUGCUAAUAUUCAAAGAUUAGUAUCACGUUCAGGUGCAGCUGGAAUUGUUGAUCGAAGAGUUUCAUCAUCAGCUGUAAUAAGUGGAUCAUCACCAUCAAGAAAACAAAGACAAUUACUAAUAAAUAAAAACCGAGAAUAUAAUGAAAAUGAGCGACAAUUUAAACAUAGUGUACCACCACCAACAGCCUUAGGUGAACCAUUAGAUGAAACAAUAAGAACUUCAAUGGAACAACAAAUUAAUGAUGAUGAUAAUAAUUCAAAUAAGAUUUCAUCGAAUGUUGAUUUAUCGACAAGAGAAAUGAGUACAAAAUUUCGAACAUUGGUACAACAACAUAGAAAAGUGGUCAAACAAUUAAAUGAAACUGAUGAAUUUUUACCAUUUCUCGAUCGAAAAGUAAAUGAAGGUUAUUUCUGUUUGAAAACAGUUUUUUCAUAUUUGGAUUCAAAUCAAACAAAUUUUAUAACUAAACAACAACUUAUUGCUGCACUCAAUCAAUUUGAUAUUCCAAUUUCACUUGAUAAUAUUAAUCAAUUUUUACAAAAACAUCAUUGCACAACAUCAAAAACUAUCAAUAAUGAAAAUAUGAUUGAUUAUAAUGCAUUUUUAAAAUAUUUUCAAGAUCGUUCAGAAUCAAGUUUUCUCGCUCAUACUCUUAAUAUAUUUACUAAAGAAAAAUCAACUACACUGAAAUCCGAUUUUAAUAAUAUUGAAAAUGGUAUUAUUGAUUUAUUACAUCAUGUUUUUCUUUCUCUAACAGCUGCAUUCAAAUAUAUUUCAAAUGAUAUUGAUGAUUUAUGUCCCGAAAGAGAAUUAUUUCUUAUAUUAAAAAAAGAACUUAGUAUUGCUGAUAAUUAUCGAUUUACUGAUAAACAAAAAAAUGAAGUUUAUAAUUUAUUAAAUUGUACUGAUACGAUGAAACAAAAACGACAAUUACCAUAUAAACGUUUGUUAUAUUUUCUUAGUAAAACAACAAUACCAAUUAAUAAAGAACGGCAUAUUGAAAAAAAAGAACGAAAUAUUGAAAAAAAGGAAGAAAGAUUUAUUGAAAAAAAAGAAGAAAAAUUCAUUGAAAAAAAAGAAGAAAAACCAUUAAUACCACUAAGAAAAUUAUCUUAUAUUGAAAAAAUUUUAAAUGAUUUAAUUCGUCUUCGUAUGCAUACAUUUACUAAAGUAUUUUCUCGUAUUGAUCAACCACGAACAGAUAAAAUUAAUAAAGAACAAUUUUAUGAAGUUCUUCGACAAAUGGAUACAGAUUUAACACAAUCGGAAGUAGAUAUGAUUUGGGCAUCAAGUGGCUUUCAUAUGGAUAAAAGUGUUCUAUUUGCAAAUUUAAUUCGACAAUUAAUUAUGUUCAAUCGAGAUGAAAAUCAAGCUACACUCAAUCAAUUGCAACGUUCUCGAUCAAUACAUGAUCAUCGUAUCUCAUCAACAGCAAGAUCAAUAAUGUCAACAUCAGGAAGAGCUACAUCAUCAUCAGGCAGAAUUACUGAUACAUCAAACGGUAGUGAAUCAAUAGAUUAUCAUGAAUUAUAUAAUCGUAUUCUUCCAUAUAUUCGUCAAAAUUAUAAGAGAAUUAAAAAUGAACUACUUCAAAAUGAUCCAACAGCAUCUGGUUUAAUUGAUUUUUCAACAUUACAAAAUAUUUUUCAUCAUUAUUCUGUUCCAAUUAAUGAUAUAGAAUUAGGUACACUUAUUCGUCUUGAUAAUCCACGUAAUGGAUCAAAAAUUCAAUAUCCAUUUUUUAUACGAAAAUAUCAUCCCGAUGGACCUGUUAUAAGAAUUAGUCCAUGGUCACGUGUUCAUCCAAUUUAUGAAGAAUUAAUUCAAAAACAACAUGCGAAACGAUCAUCAUCAUCAAUAACCUCAAUGCUUAUGUAUAACGCACUUGGAAUAAAUUGUGAUCCAUCUCAUUGGAGUAAUUCGUUGACACAAGAAGUACCUGUUUAUACACCUCGUUCAGUAAUGACCGAACUUGAACCUCAAUCACCUACAAGUUCUGCUACUAAACGACCUUUUUCUGAUGUUAGCAAUCGAACGAUUGCUGUUCGAUCAUUGACAAAUAAUCAACCACCAUCGAAAUUAGAAUUUUCAACACCAGUACGAUCAUCUACAUCUGAUUUAUACAAUCGAGUACCAUCAUCUAUUAAACGAUCACGUCUUGCACCUGCCUUUGCUUAUUCUACUUCUUCUUCGUCAUACGAAACAUCGCCGCCAACACAACAAUUGUCUGGCGUAGCAUCAACAAUCGAUACAACUGAACGAGCUUUAGAAAUUGCACUUUUACUUAAAGAACAUCCAGAUUGUAGUUGUGUACUUGUUACACUUAUUCAAGAAUAUCAAAGCCGAUUUCAAAAACCUCUUCAUGUAAGUGAAUUAUAUACAAUGAAACAUGUUAUUGACAUUCAAGAUUAUGGAGGGAAUCGAAUUGCUCGUCUAUUACCAGCAUUUCGUGUUCGUUUCAAUGAAAAUUAUAUUCAUACUCAACUUGAACAACCUUACUGCAUAGUGCAUUGUUCAAAAAAUUUUAUUGUUAAUCCUGACCUUGAUUUACCAUUUGUUCAAAUUCCAUUUCGAACAUUUGCUGAUAAUGUUCGUCAACUAUUAAUUCAACAUAAUGGUUCAAUGCAUUUAGCUAGUUUUCCUCAAUGUUAUUCUCAUUAUUUCGAACCUUUAAUUGAUCGUCAUGAAGGUGUACCACUUGAACAUUAUAUUUCAUGUAUGAAAGAUAUUCAAAUUAUAACUGCACAAGGAGUUAUUAAAAAAGUUCAAUUUUCUCAUACACCAGGAGCAUCAUUUAUUUCAACACCAUUUGAUACAUCAAAUAUGCAUGUCGAUACAUGUGCUGAAGUUCAACAACGUUUACAACAAUUUUCACGUGAAGUUCUUGAUUUACUUAAAAAUCAAGGUUCACAUUGUCGUCUACCUGUUUCAAAAUUUGUUUCGACUUAUCAUCAAUACUUUAAUCGACAAUGUCGCGUUGCUGAUUAUGGUUUUUCAAAAAUUAUUGAUCUUUUAUCUGCAAUACCAAAAUCAAUUCAAAUACUUGGUGAUGGAAAUAAACGUAUCAUAACAAUUACUCAUCGAUGUCAAAUGAAACGAUUUACUAAUGAUAUUAUUCGUAUAUUGAAAAAUAAACCACAACGAUCUAUGUCAAUUAGUGAAAUUCCAAUUGAAUAUGAAAUAGCUUAUAAAAAACCAUUUUGCAUUGAUGAUUUUGGUAUGUGCUAUUUGGAAGAUCUUGUUAAUGAGGUGAAAGAUAAUAAAGAAUUAGUAGUGGAAGCUGAGAAGAAACGAACGGAUUUAGAAAUUUAUGCAACCGGCAAUUUUCAACAAGAUGUUAUUGAUAUGCUUCGUAUUUUACCUGAUUUUAGUAUACCGUUUCAAAAAUUCAUUCCAUCCUAUCACCAUCAUUUUGGUUAUCAAUGUAAAGUACAAACAUAUGGUUUUGCUCGUUUAAUUGAUUUACUUGAAGAACUUUCUCAUGUUGUCAAAAUUGAUGAAGAUAAGAAUGGUGAGAAAAUUGUUCAAUUAACAUCGACGAUGAUGGGACAUGCAAUAUUAUUAAAUAUUGAACAACUCGUUGAAAAGUCUCACGGUCAAUUAAAACUUAAAGAUUUACGAACACAAUACUUACAAGUUUAUCGAAAUGAACUUAAUCCAGAAGAUUUUGGUUUAAGCAAUCUUGAAACAUUACUUCUUACAAUGACCGAUAAAUUUGAAUUUCAUUAUACUGAAACUGAUGUUUCUAUUUCGAUCAAAGAACCAAAUCCAGUAAUAUUACAAUUAACGAAAAAUGUUAUUCUUACAUUAAUGCUAUCACAAUGUCAAUUAUCUUUUUGGCAAUUAAAACAAGAUAUGCUUGUGCGCUUUAAACAAGAUAUUACAUUAAAUAUGUGUCGUAAUGAAUUACGUGAUUAUGUCGAGAUAAUUGAUCAAACAGUUCGUUUAACUCCACCGAUGAUUUUUGCUUACAAUGUGGUGCUUCUUUUAAGUCCAUGUGAUGGUCGUAUGCCUUAUGAUGAUUUUAUUGUUGAAUAUCAACGUCGAACUAGUUCAAGUCAUUUACUCUAUCCAACAGAUUACGGUUUUCCAACAAUGCUUCGUCUUUUUGAUGCUAUUCAAAUUGUUGCUCAAGUUCGUGGUCGACGCAAUUUUAAAAUAAUUAUGCUCAAUCCUGAAUUUCGACUCGGACGAUAUACUCAACCGAUAACGUUUACAUCACCAAUUACAUCGUUCUAA